AAUGUUAAUAAAGCUAUAGAAAACAGCAAUGGCCUUUACUGAAGGUGAAGUUUGUAGAAUUUGUUUAAGCGUUAAUAUACGCAUGUUUGCACUAAAGGAGACUGGCCUCCAAAAUCUGUAUAAGACAUUGACGAACAGUUUUUUGGAUGAGAUUGAGGGGCCAAUAAUUGUCUGUUUCACCUGUCAUGCAAGACUCAUUCGUUGCAGAAGAUUACAACAACAGGCUAUUGAGUCAAAUGUGGUUCUGGAGCAGUUGCUUUCAGGAGGAUCCAUGUCAGUACCAAAAUCGAAUAAGGUUAGAGGUGAGAUUAAAUUCACACCAAUUUAUCAUAUAGAUAUCUGGCCUGUAGAGUGUGAUAUAGACAAUGAUUGCAAGGACGAAAUUUUUUGCCUUGGUGCCGUUAAAGUUGAGGAAGAGAUUUUCGAAUAUGAGAAUUCCAAAUUUGAAGAAAAUGAGAAUCAUGAAACAGAACCAUACAUCAUACCGACAAAUCAUUUUUCAAAAGCGUCUGAGAGCAAGAUUAAAUCAAAUUCUACUGAUUGUAACAUAAACGAUGUUCGUAAAGCAAACCUCGAUUUAGAAAGCCCUACUAUUAAAUCAAAGCCUAAAGUCAAAAAAGAUAAUCAACCAAUUAAUAAAAAAGGAAAGCAUUCCGCAAAUAUUAUGAGAAAGAAAAUAUUGAAACAAAAGAGUGUAAAUAUACUUACGAAAAAAACGUCAGGGGCAUCAACAAAAUACAUUUUUGAAUGUUAUGGUUGUAGCAAAAAAUUUUCAACAAAAGACAUUCUCGCCAAACACAUUUCAUACAGUCAUAAGACACAAAAGAACUCAGUCACCACUGCAGUUCGGACACAAGUUGAACAAACUUCAGUACCACAACUAACGGAAACAUUUAAUUGUGAUAUUUGUGAAUUUAAAACAACUCAAAAACGUCGCAUUUUGACACAUCUUAAAGCGCACGUCGCUGAACAAGUGUACUGUUGUAAUAAUUGUGAUUAUAAAUGUAUUAGAAAAGAUAAUUUGCAGAGACAUAUGAAAAUACAUACUGGAGAAAAACCUUUUUUAUGUAAUAUCUGUGAAUAUCAAUGUAUUCGAAAAAGUGAUUUGCAAAGGCAUAUGAAAAUACAUACUGGAGAAAAACCUUUUUCGUGUCAUAUCUGUAAAUAUCAAUGUAUUCAAAAAAGUAGUUUGCAAACACAUAUGAAAAUACAUACUGGAGAAAAACCUUUUUCGUGUCAUAUCUGUAAAUAUCAAUCUAAUCGAAAAAGUAAUUUGCAAACACAUAUGAAAAUACAUACUGGAGAAAAACCUUUUUCGUGUCAUAUCUGUAAAUAUCAAUGUAUUCACAAAAGUAGUUUGCAAACACAUAUGAAAAUUCAUACUGGAGAAAAACCUUUUUCGUGUCAUAUCUGUAAAUAUCAAUGUAUUCACAAAAGUAGUUUGCAAACACAUAUGAUGAAAAUACAUACUGGAGAAAAACCUUUUUCGUGUCAUAUCUGUAAAUAUCAAUGUAUUCGAAAAAGUAAUUUGCAAACACAUAUGAAAAUACAUACUGGAGAAAAACCUUUUUCAUGUAAUAUCUGUGAAUAUAAAUGUGUAGAAAAAAGUAAUUUGCAAAGGCAUAUGAAAAUACAUACUGGAGAAAAACCUUUUUCAUGUAAUAUCUGUGAAUAUAAAUGUAUUCGAAAAAGUAAUUUGCAAAAGCAUAUGAAAAUACAUACUAGAGAAAAACCUUUUUCGUGUUAUAUCUGUAAAUAUCAAUGUAUUCGUAAAAGUCAUUUGCAAAGGCAUAUGAAAACACACACUUGAGCAGAACCUUUUUUGUGAGAGAUCUGGUAAAAUAUGUGCAAUAUUAUGUAAACGUGUUUUAUAUAAAUAUAAAAGUAUACUAGAUAAAAAUCCAUUUGUCAUGAGUUCCUUAUGUAACUGUAGAACGAGUAGAAAAACCUUUCCGUAUCAUAUGUGCUAAUUGAAACUGCAUUUGUUCUAAAAAGCUAAUUCAAAAACCAAAGAAGCAACCAAGUGAAAUCGAACCUUGAAAUAUGUACCGAGUGGUUAUAUUAGUUUAUAUUUUUAUUUAUUCGUUUCGACUUUUAUCGUUACCGUUACAGCCUAUAAAAGUCCGCUGCUGAACAUAGGCCACCCCCACGGAUUGACUCAUAGGGGGGAUAUUUGCCAUAGUUGCCAUGCAUGUUGGGUAGGCAACCGCGGUUUUUUAUUUUUAUUUGUUAUUAGGAAGACGUUUCUGCCCAUCUCCUGGUAUAUUUCCUCCGUCGCCUAGAUAUAAUAUAUAGAUAUAGAUAUAAGAAUAUCCACUACCCCAUAUCAUCCCGUGUGUGUCUUAGAGGCGACAGAAAGAAACAAAUCAGAAGACGUGCAGCACCGUAUUCCUAAGAAAAUAAAAAAAAACUGUGUUGCCAACCCGCUUGCCAAGCGUGGCAACUAUGGCAAAUAUCCCUCCCAAUGAGGCAAUCUAUGGAUGAGGCCUAUGUUCAGCAUCAGCAGUUGACUUUAAUAGGCUCUCUAACAAGAACACAAUAAAUGUCGAAACGAAAAAAGGAAAAACAUUAGCAAUCAAUUAAAUAAAAAAAAACAUGGUCUGGUCUGUUUCCACCAUAGACUUAGGAUAUACUGGCGUACAGACGACCUGACAGCCCGAAAACGCGUGACUGUGGAGGAGUUAACCAAAAAAAAGAUAUAAAAGCGGAACAAUCGGUGAAGAAAUUGAGUCUCGCUUCAUUUCUCGAGUUCGAAGCAUCUCCUAAAGGCCUUAUCCCGGGGCCGCACUGCCCCGGGAUCCUGCAAGCCUCUGUCCUGCCUGAUGCCGCUGGACCCUGCAAACCUCUGUUCUGCCUGAAGCCGCUGGAUCCUACAAGCCUCUGCUCUGCCUGAAGUCGCCGAAUCCUACAAGCCUCUGCUCUGCCUGAAGUCGCCGGAUCCUGCAAGCCUCUGUCCUGCCUGAAGUCGCCGGAUCCUGCAAACCUCAGUUCCGCCUGAAGUCGCCGGAUCCUGCAGGCCUCUGUCCUGCCUGAAGUCGCUGAGGAUCCUGCAAGCCCCUGUCUUGCCUGAAGUCGCCGGAUCUUGCAAACCUCCGUGUUCACCUGAGGUCGUCGCCUAGAGACGCCCACACCUUCAUCUACGCUGUGCGUGCUCGUUCCAGGCGCUGAGAGCACUUACUGUACACCUUGGAUCUUCGGGCUCAACUUCAACACUAAUCUUUUUUUUUUAAAUAAUUGUAAAUCACGACAUCCAUCCUCAUCUUCAUACUCCAUUUUGUUAUAUAAAAUUGUAAGUAUCUUUUAAAUUUUAAAUAUAUUAUUUGUUUUUGUUCU